GAAGUCUGUUGAUGGAUUUUUAUCAUGUGGAGCCAUAUAUGCGUUCAUGGAAUAAGUACAUCUUGGUAGACUUAUUUUAAUAUAUUGCUUGAUUUGGUUUGCAGAUGUCCAUUUCCUGGUGUUCUAGUUAAUUGGAUUACUUGCUUUCCCCAAAGCAGCAUCACCAGUACUUUUUCUUUCAAUAAUAACAUUGGUGCUUAUAUUCUAUAAUAUCUAGCUUUUCCUGUGCCAGACUUAAAAGUUAGUUAUAUUUUAAUACUACAUAUUUUUAUGCAGCUCCUUAAACCUCAAAUCAGAACAACACUAGUAAUAGUUGACUCCAUAUGUUCUCAUUAGAAUUCUACCAAAUAUCUGGCUGGGUAGCUGCCCUCGUCAAGUGGAACAUGUAACCAUCAAACUGAAGCGUGAACUGGGGAUUACAGCUGUAAUGAAUUUCCAGACUGAAUGGGAUAUUGUACAGAAUUCCUCAGGCUGUAACCGCUACCCAGAGCCCAUGACUCCAGACACUAUGAUUAAACUAUAUAGGGAAGAAGGCUUGGCCUACAUCUGGAUGCCAACACCAGAUAUGAGCACCGAAGGUCGAGUGCAGAUGCUGCCCCAGGCAGUGUGCUUGCUGCAUGCGCUGCUGGAGAAGGGACACAUCGUGUAUGUGCACUGCAACGCUGGGGUGGGCCGCUCCACCGCGGCUGUCUGCGGCUGGUUCCAGUACGUGAUGGGCUGGAAUCUGAGGAAGGUGCAGUAUUUCCUCAUGGCCAAGAGGCCAGCUGUCUACAUUGAUGAAGAGGCUUUGGCCCGUGCACAAGAAGAUUUUUUCCAGAAAUUUGGGAAGGUUCGUUCUUCUGUGUGUAGUCUGUAGCUGGUCAGCCUGCUUCUGCCCCCUCCUGAUUUCCCUAAGGAGCCUGGGGUGAUGUUGGUAAAAUGACCUAGAAACAAGGAUUCUACCUAAACUGAAAGGACUGUGUGACUUCCCCCAAGCCAACCACUUUCAUCUGGGAUGACUUUCGAUUAUGCUUUGUUUUGGGGCUGUAUUUUUGAAAUACUCUACAAGAAAGCUGUGACUCACACAUGAGAAGAGGCACGAAGCAGUUAGGCUGUACAUAAGACAGAAGGGUAAUGAGUGCAGUUCCUGCUGCCUGCGGGCAGAUGAGGCCUUUGCUUUACAGCACUGCAUGUGUUGCACGAUGGAUCCAUGACAGCACUUUCCUGUUGCACUGAAACUCUUGGCCAUACAGAGGAAAAGAUAUGGAACUAUGUGGAUUUCAUCACUAGUGUGUGUGCGUGAGCUGGUCAGUUGCCAAAGGAAGAAAUAAGGUUAGAAGCCUGAACCGUUACAAAAGAAGAGCUCACUGUGGUCAAAAAAUGAUGGCUUUCAGGACUUCAUUUUUAUCCUGCCUCACAGUUGUUAAAGUCUAUUCCAAGACAUCACCUUCCUUCUCUACCCAACAACCCUGUGUAACAACCAAAGUAGAAUUAUCUCUCAUUUGUUGUUGUUGUUGUUGUUUUCCCUCAAAACUGCCAAACAAAGCAAAAAAUACCCUUGUUUUUUAUAGUUGUGAUAUCAAGAAGUUAAAUUGACCCUUAAUGGGCAUAGGUAGCUAGCCCAAGGUCUCAUGACCAGUCAAGGGCAAGCUAGAGUUAAUAGUCUAUUUGACUUAGUGCUGUUUUCAACACAACUUGUUUUCCCAGCACCAUGUAGUGCAUUCAGUUUUGUCUUUCUAAGGGUAUGGUCGAUAUGCCUGCAGGAGUUUCCGUAGCGAGACACAGAAUAGUGUUCUGAUCAGUUGCCAAAGAAUCUAGGAAAGUAGUUGUAUUUUGUGCAAGCUAAUUUAAAAACAUGAUGGGCUGUUUUAAGACCAGAGUGGGAGUUCAUGAGAGGACCUAUACUACCGAAAGAGCCCAAACGACCAAAUCCAUGGAUAAUUGCUUCACAGCCUCGGCCAUCCUGGCUCAGCCCUCAAUUUAGUAUAAUAUGCAGUUCCUGUGCCUCCAGACUAUGCAGCUCAUCACCCUAGGUUCUACAGGAAAUACAGAGAUGAACAACGUUGCCUUCAAAAGUGUGCUGCCUAGAAACAGACCUGCAUUCAACAACUGCAAUGCAGGGUUGGACCAUGAAUGAUAUGCUAGAAUAGAAAAAAGAGACGUGUUUUUUUCAAUUGAGAGCCUCUAUGUGCAAGGUGAUUUAUAAUCAUAUCCAGUUUAAUCUUCACAAUAUCCAAUGAAGAAGGUCUCAUUAUCUCCAUGAUAAAGAUGGGAAACUAAGGCUCAGAGGGGUUAAAUCAACUGUCUGUUGUCACACAAUGAAUAAAUAGAUGCAGUGAGAUACAAAGCUAGAUUUGAUUCAAAGCCCUUACUUUCUUAAUUAAACUAUGAUGUGCAUUUAUUUUUCUGCACCUUCCUUUCUUCCACAAACACAUAUUGAUAGAUGCAAGAGACUCUUAUUUAGAAGGUGUGGGGGACAAGAAGGAUACAAGGUAAGUUUCAGUGGAGCUCAGAGGACAGGGAGAUAUAAUUGGGGCACUUAGGGGAGAUGACAUUUGCUUUGGGCAGAGGCAGCCAGCCAGGACGCAUUUCCCGUAUAAUUUUACGAAGUUAAAUUUAUAAGCUAGCAUUAAGUAAAGUGAAGUCCAGCUCCCUUGCUAAAAAUAACUAGAGGUAAUAAUUGGUAUUCAAGUAACUCAUUUACAGUCAUAAUGUGUCAUGAAAAUUUAAUCUUAAAAAUGGAAUUUUAAACUAUGUGUGUGUGUGAAUUUCUUUAAUGUCUAAUCUAGCUUCAUAAUUUCCAUGAUACAAAGAUCUUUUCUCAGGUGGAUUUUUCCCUUUUUUCCUUCUGCUCUGAUAGACAAAAUCAUUUUAGGACUCUUAAAGAAUGUUUUGGAAUAAAUCACCCUUUCCUCAAUGAAUGGGAUGUCUAAUGUAUUUCAAAAUCACCCAAAACUUUUGGUAAAUAAAAACAUUUAAAAAGAC